AUGGACAAGGAGGAUCUUCGUAAGACGCUGAGCGCUACUCAGACCAAAUUCGAACUCCGCUACCGUUUACGCACACACCCUUCGCUCACCCUCGACAUCCCUCCGUUUCAGACGAGCGGCGUUGACUGCUUAAUUAAUCUCAUCCGACACACCAACGCCAUCUUGGACAAGCGCAGCUCGACGCAAAGAGAAGAGCAGAACCCCCUGUUGGCUUAUGCCUGGCAGGCAUUCUUCCCACAUGAAGUUGAUGAAGAGUCGACAAACCAUCGCAUUGCCGCCAAGAAAGCUGUGCUCGAGCACCUCAAGGAUCGCAUAUCCGAAGCCCUCACAUUCAAGGACUGCUGCAACAGCGGUCUCAUAAAUAAGACCCUAUGGUCGUCAGAUGAAUGGUUGCUAUACGAAUGCAAUCGUUCAGGUACUUCUCCAGUUGAAGCCAGACGACGGGGCGGUGUUGCCAGUCUCAUCGAAUAUGAUUGCCGUCUAAGUCCUCAUCUGACACUUCAAGAUGCGGUCGAUCGCUAUUGUACCUUGCAACAAAAGCAAAUCCGUUUGAUCCUCAGACAACCCAAGUUCGUUCGCAUUCUUUACUGUUCGCACGCGGAUUGCCCCAGACCUUUCAGCAAUCUGUUGACCCUCAGCCUGCCUUUACCCGAUGGAGUAACAACCAUCGAUGACCAAGUCACCAUGGUCUUCUCUUUGAUCUCUAUUGUCCGAAUGAGAGAUAAGAUUCAAGAGAGGGACUACAUGCGACCCUAUGAUGAUGGUGGAGUUCCACUCAGCCAGAUUGAAACUACAACACAAACCCCGCCGACGCGUUCUGUAUCUCAAGAGGGAGGCCAUUCCUACCUGCUGGUUUUUGUUGAGGGUCCGGGGGGCGAGGACAAGUUCAACGAGUUUCUAUCCAUCCUACCUGACACCAGCCAAGUCAAGACUGAAUGCUGA